AUGGUUUAUAUUGUAGUUCGUAUAAAUCGUGUGACAUUACGUUUAAUUCUAUCCGCUACUGGAAUAAGUGUAUGUUGUUUUUUACUCGUAUUGAUUGUACGUAACUUCAGUAAUAAUACUCAUGAAAAAGAAUCGAAGUCAGUUAAAUGCGACUAUCCAUCAACACAAACUUUAUUUUCUCAAACAACUUCAUCAGUAUCAAAUAUUACUCGAAACAAACCCAUACUGAAACCAUGUAAACCAAUUAAAAAAACUUCUCCUGUGCAACGUGCCAUUGUUAUUUAUUAUCCACAUCAUCAAAGUGAGGAGUUUUUUCCAGAAGUCAGAUGGCUUUAUCGUUCAUGGGUUGAAAUGUUACUUGGUGAACCAUCAACAUGGCGAACAGAUCUUGUGAUAUUUACAUAUAAUUUUUCGAGUGAAUUUCGAAGACUUGGUUGUGUUCAUCGUCUUCGUCAAAAUAAGGAAGAACCAUCUAUGUGUCGACUUUUUCUCUAUGUGCCAAUACAGUUUCGAACAAAAAAUAUUACGGAUAACGAUUUUCAACAUGCAUUUGAUGAUGCAAAACGUGUCAUAGAAUCAUAUAAAGAUAUAAAUGACUCAUUUAUUGGUGUACCAUUAGUAAAUGAUAAAGAAACAUUUGAUGCAAAACGUUCAGAAUCUCUUUAUGAAAAUCUUCGAACAUAUGGUUAUAUUGAUUCGAUUAAUUCAAUCUAUGAAGGUUAUUGGACAUUUAAAACAUAUGAUUUUAUUUUACGUACUGAUAUUGAUGUUUUCAUUUAUCGUCAUUUUGCAACAUAUAUUCCAUCAAAUUGCACUUUCAUAACUGGUGGCGGUGGUUAUAGUACAGAUUUUAAUCGACGUAAAUUGAAACGUAUUGCUAAUGAUAUGGGUUUUGUACAUGUCGAUAUAACUAACAUGGGUUCUACUUGGUAUGGUUCACCAUAUGAUGCAUAUUUAGUUGCUAAUCAAACACUAUAUGGUAUGCUAUGGUUAGCACAUUAUGAAUUUGCUAUGCCAGAAAGAGAGUCUAAAUUAGGAACAUUAAUGUGGCCUGAAUGGCAUUUUGGUGUUUUACUUUUAUAUGGUCAACAUUUAGCGCUAAACCAUUUAGUUGGUAUAAAUCAAAUUCGACUACGAAUGGGUCAAGAUCUUCUUGAUUUAUCAUCAACAGAUGAUAGAGUGGAAUAUGUUCAACAAAGGAUACGUCUUAAUUUACAUUGUUGGCAUACAGAUUUACCUUUUUCAAAAUUUGCUUUUAAAAUGGGUAAAUAUAAUCAAACUGACUUAGAAAAAUAUAAAAAUGAUACUACUGCUCAAGCUUAUGCAAUGCGUAUGGCACUUGAAUCAAAUAACUUCGGUAAUGAUACUCAUCAAAUAGAACCAGAACCAGUUAAAUGUGAUUGUUCAUUAACACAAAAUUCAUUUUCUCAAACAAUUCCAUCAGUAUCAAAUAUUACUCCAAACAAACCCAUAUUAAAACCAUGUAAACCAAUUAAAAAAACUUCUCCUGUACAACGUGCCAUUGUUAUUUAUUAUCCAAGUCAUCAAAGUGAAUAUUUUUUUCCAGAAGUCAAAUGGCUUUAUCGUUCAUGGGUUGAAAUGUUACUUGGUGAACCAUCAACAUGGCGAACAGAUCUUGUGAUAUUUACAUAUAAUUUUUCGAGUGAAUUUCGAAGACUUGGUUGUGUUAAUCGUCUUCGUCAAAAUAAACAAGAACCAUCUAUGUGUCGACUUUUUCUCUAUGUGCCAAUACAGUUUCGAACAAAAAAUAUUACGGAUAACGAUUUUCAACAUGCAUUUGAUGAUGCAAAACGUGUCAUAGAAUCAUAUAAAGAUAUGAAUGACUCAUUUAUUGGUGUACCAUUAGUAAAUGAUAAAGAAACAUUUGAUGCAAAACAUGUUUUCAUUUAUCAUCAUUUUGCAACAUAUAUUCCAUCAAAUUGCGCUUUCAUAACUGGUGGUGGUCGAUAUACCACAGAAUUCAAUCGACGUAAAUUGAAAAGUAUUGCUCAUGAUAUGGGCUUUGCACAUGUCAAUUUACUUAACAUGGGCUCGACAUGGUAUGGUUCACCAUAUGAUGGAUAUUUAGUUGCUAAUCAAACACUACAUGGUAUGCUAUGGUUAGCAUUAUAUGAAUUUGCUAUGCCGGAAAGAGAGUCUAAAUUAGGAACAUUAAUGUGGCCUGAAUGGCAUUAUGGUGUUUUACUUUUAUAUGGUCAACAAUUAGCUUUAAAUCAUUUAGUUGGUAUAAACCAAAUUCGCAUACUAAUAGGUCAUAAUCUUCUCGACCAAUUAACAACAGAUGAUAGAGUGGAAUAUGUUCAAAAAGGGAUACGUCUUAAUUUACAUUGUUGGCAUACAGAUUUACCUUUUUCAAAAUUUGUUUUCAAAAUGGGUAAAUAUAAUCAAACUGACUUGGAAAAAUAUAAAAAUGGGAAAACUGCUCAAGCUUAUGCAAUGCGUAUGGCACUUGAAUCAAAGUAUAUGACACUUGAAGAAUUGGCUGCAUAUGGAAGAAAAAAAUCUUUGUCAUCUUAA